AUGGCCGCCCCUCUGAUUGCUAUGGCCGUGGCUCUUCGCCGUCGCCGACGUGAACACGGAGAGCCAGACGACGUGUUUGACAUGCCGGAUGACCAUUUUCGACUCUCGAAGGGAACGGUGCGGUUGUUGUGCGAGGAACUGGCGGGGGAACUAGAAGCGGAGCGAGCGACGGGACUGUCGGUGGAGCGGAAGGUGUUGUGUGCGCUGCGCUUCUUUGCCACUGGGAGCUUCCAAGCGUCCGUUGGGAGCGAGGAGAGGAUUCGUGUGUCGCAGUCGACAGUGAGCGAGUGCGUGCGACGGGUGGCAGAGGCUGUUGUGAUCGCCGGGGCGCGCAAGUGGGUGCAAUUUCCUAAGGCGGCCGAGGAAAAGGCAGCCGUGAAGGAAGGUUUUCUUCGGCGCGGUGCUAUCCCCGGCGUCAUAGGAUGCGUCGACGGCAGCCUCGUAGCUAUUGUCGCACCGAAGGGCGAGCACAAGGCUGCGUUCAUGUGCCGCAAGGGAUACUACGCCCUCAACUGCAUGUUCAUCUGCGAUGCGGACAAGAAAAUCUUGGCCGUGGACCCUCUGCGACCGGGGUCGGACCACGACGCUUUCGUCUGGCGGACGACAUGGCUGCGCCGGCGGUUUCAAGCGGGCUGCAUCGUGAAUCCUGGGGAAUACCUCCUCGGUCACAGUGGCUACCCCUUGGAGCCGUGGCUCCUGACCCCAGUUCCUGACCAUCCUCCAGCGCAGACAGCCGAGGGGCAGUACAAGACAGCACAUGGCGCCAUGCGUUCUGUAGUGGAGAGGCGCACUGGGCUCUUAAAGAGCCGUUUCCGCUGUCUUCAGCGAUAUCGCACCCUCCUCUACGAGCCGGAACGUGCAGCCAAUAUUGUCGCGGCAUGUGCGGUGUUGCACAACCUUCGCCUUUCUGAGGGCAACAUAGACUCGGGCGAUGAUGACAGCGAUGACGACAGCAGCAGCAGCAGUAGUACUGAGCUCUGCGGUAAUGGCGACACCAUUCCGCAAGGGGGGAGGGACUUGGCUGCCACCAUGGGCCGGUGCAGCCAGCAGCAGCUGCAGGAGACGCUGGUUUGUCUCCUGGAGCGCCGUUCCACUGCCAGCCGCUGCUGCUGA